AUGUGUAGAUUCUUGAGUUGUGGACCCAAUAUGGGACCCAAUGGUGCCAACAGUGAGGAUAAGCCUAAACAGAACGGCUCUGUUGUUCGCAAUCUAUCGGUGCCCUUCCACUACGUCUUAGUAGCACUAGAUGGAACUCACAUAGGCACGUGUAGUAGUGGUAAAAUCGACAGGGCAGGGCUGGCUAAAGGUCCUGUCGACCCCUACAUAAAACAGCAUGAACGCUCUUACCAGCUCGGUAGCCAAGGCAUAGAGAUCAUCCGAGACUUCUUGCUAUCAGCCAAUAGCAAGAGCUCUGCAGUAUCAGGAGAUUGCCGCAACGCAGUAGGCCGAUCGCCUAACCCGAGUCAGGACUCCAGAGGUAAACGAGUAGGGGGAGAGAAGCCGGACCGACACCACCUACCACCAUUGGCUACGCCGACAGUGGAUCCCGUGAAGACAACGAAGUCAGCCCAACGAUGGGGAUUCCCGGUGUUUAUGACGGGUUGGCGUAAGAAUGGUCUCGUUGUGGACGACCUGUUCCGGUGCUCCCGACACGACGAGUCACAACGUAUUGUCCAGGAGCUGGAAAAGCACUGGAAUAAUGAACGUCGAAAAAAGUCGCCUAAAUUCUGGAGGGCAGUAGUUAUGGCAUUCGGGAAGUCCUAUAUACUUCCCCUGUCUAUAUUUAUAUUGGGGGAAUGCGUUGUACGCAUGAGUCAACCCCUGUUACUGGGCAUAGUGAUCGAUUAUUUUAGCAAGGUAGAAAAUCUGACCUUCGAGCACGCAUGCGUGGUCGCCGGGGGCCUAUGUUUUAGUUCAGCCCUAUUCAUAUGGCUCUUCCAUUCGGGCCUUAUGUUAGUCACGCAAAUGGGAAUGAGGUUACGCGCCGCCUCCUGUACUCUUAUCUAUAAAAAGUCGCUUCGGCUGAGCCGGGCAUCCCUGGCCAAAACGACGGUGGGCCACAUUGUGAACCUAAUGUCCAAUGAUGUUAACAGAUUUGAUGUGUUUUCAAUAGAUGUCUGCUAUUUAUUCGUAGCGCCCAUACAGACAGGGAUCGCCGUAUAUAUCAUAUAUACGGCGAUCAGUUACUAUUGCUUCGCAUGUGUGGCCCUAUUGCUACUGUUCCUACCCUUUCAGGCAUUUAUGGGCAAACUUUUCUCGAAAGUCAGGAAUGAGGUCCGUGGCAUACAAAUGGCCUGUUUUCUAAAGGCUAUUAAUUUGUCGGUAUAUUCAGUGGCCUCACGUAUAUUACUGUUCGCGUGUUUUAUCGCAUAUGUAUUGACCGGAAACCCACUGACAGCUAAAGCCGUGUUCAUCACAAUGUCUCUCUUCAACACAAUCCGAAGCCCUCUGACGAUAAUGUUCCCGAACGCCAUCGCCCAAUGGGCUCAACUCUGUGUGUCGUGCCAUCGCAUCCAGAGUUCACUAAUCAUGUCUAUACUUAAUGAGCUACCGGUGCUCGAGGGAAGUAUACAAACUGUAGGCACCAUUAGUUAUGCCUCUCAGGAGGCAUGGAGUUUCAAUAAUAGCAUCAGAAAUAACAUACUGUUUGGCAGUGAAUACGAUGAGCACCGGCAUAGACGGGUAGUCCAUGUCUGUGCUCUGGAAAGGGAUCUCCAGGUAUUCCCCUUCGGAGACAAGACAUUAGUUGGAGAGAAAGGAGUCAUACUAUCGGGUGGACAGAAGGCUAGGAUCACUUUGGCCCGAGCUUUGUAUCGCAACUCAGAUAUCGUACUAAUGGACGACCCGUUGAGUGCUGUCGACACCUCUGUUGCGCACAUAUAUUCCAUAAUGGAGUACUUGUCGGACAAAAUCCGGAUACUGGUCACCCAUCAAAUCCAAUUCAUACGAAAAGCCACACAAAUACUGGUCUUAAGCCCAGAGGGCCGGUGCCUGGGGUUGGGCUCAUACGACGAGCUCCAGUCCCAGAGAAUGGACUUCAUGGCUAUACUGAACGAUUUGGAGGGGAAGACCGAACACAACAAACAGGAACGGGAGCUCACAAUGAGAUCGUUUUCCCAGAAUAGCUAUGACACCAAACAGACGGUUAACCCCACGGAGACCAUCCUGAAGGGGUCGAUCAACGACAGGACCGGGAGGUACUCCCGGAGCACAUCCGUGGUUCAGACCGAGAACGUCGAGGUUUCCAAGAGUAUGGGCGAUGAGGAGGACUAUUCACAUGAGCCCAAGAUUCAGAAGGAGAACCGGGAGGUGGGCUCUAUUGGGGGACACGUCUACUAUGAAUACGUGAAGGCCGGUGCCGGACCCAUACUGUUCACGAUUACCCUGUUCUCGACACUGGUAUUUCAGGUUAUAGUUAAUUACUCCGAUUUAUGGCUAACUAAAUGGACUGACAAAAGUCAAAAGGCUAAUGCAAUUGACCAGGAUACACAAAACUAUUACGUCUACGUGUACUCGGGACUCAUUGGGGCCCUGUUUGUGACGGCGCUAAUGCGGUCGACCACGUGGUCGACCACCACCACCUUUGUUUGA